AAGGGCCGUGCACAGUGCCACAGAAUCCAUAUGUCUUCACUCCACGUGAACUGAUAUUCAGCAUCAACUAAAAAUAAAUAAGUAUUUAUAAUAUUAUAUUACUGUUGGACUUAAAAACACACACAGUUGAAUAAAGAAGCACGGAACGAGCCAACACCAAGAUCAUUAUCAAUAGCAUGCGAAGAAGGUUGACGCACCUGGCGUUCCGCCGUGCGCUCACCGAUGGCCGCCAUGGUGGCCUCGACCACCACGAGCUCCUCCGAAGGCUGAACAAAUCUCUCUCCGAGCUCAUCCGCAGUGGGCAGCUACGUGAAGCCCGACGAGUCUUUGAUACCCUCCCUCAACGCAACGUCGUCAGUUGGAACUCCAUGAUCGGUGGCUACGUUCGACAACGUGAGCUCGCACAAGCCCGCAAGUUGUUCGACCAAAUGCCUGAAAGAGAUGUUGUGUCAUGGAACUCCAUGCUAGCGGGGUAUGCUUCGUCCAGGGAUCCCAGAGAGCUCGAGGAAGGACGUAGGCUCUUCGAGGUGAUGCGGGAGAAGGACACUGUUUCUUGGAACACUAUGAUCAAUGGCCUCACAAGGAAUGGGAGGAUGGACGAAGCAUUGCGUUUGUUUGAGAGAAUGCCUGAGAAGAAUGUUGUCUCUUGGAACACGAUGAUCACUGGGUUUCUUGGAGUUGGAGAUGUUAGUAAUGCUAUGAACUUGUUUGAGAGAAUGCCUGUUCGAGAUGCUGCUUCUCUUAGUGCUCUUGUUUCCGGUCUUAUUCGCAAUGGCAAACUGAUUGAAGCUGAGAGUGUUCUUCUCAAGAGUGAGUGCACUAGAGAUAUCAAAGGUGCUGUUGAUGCUUAUAACACCUUGAUUGCUGGUUAUGGGCAAUGUGGAAAGAUUGAGGAUGCUCGUCGACUGUUCGACAUGAUACCAGAUAAGAAGCAUGGAUUCAAGAGGAAUGUGAUAUCGUGGAAUUCGAUGAUCAUGUGCUAUGUGAAAGCAGGGGAUGUUCGCUCUGCAAGGAUUCUCUUCGAUGAGAUGCCUGAGAGAGACAUCGUCUCAUGGAACACAAUGAUUGCUGGAUAUGUGCAAGCAUUAGACAUGGAUGAGGCUGUGAAUCUUUUCCUUGAAUUGCCGGAGCCAGACGGCUUGUCUUGGAACUCGAUAGUGUGUGGGUUCACUCAAAAAGGAGAUGUGCUGCAAGCAAGGUGGUAUUUUGAGAGGAUGCCACAGAAAAAUCUCGUAUCUUGGAAUACCAUGAUUGCAGGUUACGAGCAGAAUGGAGACUACGAUGGAGCAAUCAAACUGUUUACACAAAUGCAGGCAGCUGGAGAGAAACCUGACAGGCAUACUUUUUCUUCGGUUCUUAGUGCUUGUGCAGGGCUUGCUACUCUUUAUCAAGGGGUUCAGAUCCAUCAGCUUAUUAUCAAGACUACUGUGGCUGACAUUCCGAUCAACAAUGCUCUUAUCACCAUGUAUGCUCGUGGUGGAAACUUGACGGAGGCCACGGCUGUGUUCGAUGAAAUGAAACUGAGAAAAGAUGUCAUCUCAUGGAACGCAAUCAUUGGAGGAUAUGCACAACAUGGUCAUGCUAAGGAUGCUCUCGCUAUAUUUGCUGAAAUGAAGAGAACGAAGGUGAAGCCUACACACAUAACAUUCAUCUCUGUUCUGAAUGCUUGUGGGCAUGCAGGUUUGGUGGAUGAAGGGAGGAGGUAUUUCGAUUCUAUGGUUAAUGAGUUUGGUAUCAUGCCGAGUGUUGAGCAUUAUGCUUCGCUUGUUGAUCUCAUUGGGCGACAUGGGCAGCUUGAUGAUGCGCUGGAUGUGAUCAAAGGAAUGUUAGUUCCACCAGAUAGAGCAGUGUGGGGAGCAUUACUUGGUGCUUGCCGGGUACAUAACAAUGUUGCAUUGGCUCGGAUGGCAGCAGACGCUUUGGCGAAUGUCGAACCAGAGAGCUCUGCGCCGUAUGUGUUGAUGUAUAACAUGCAUGCCGAUGAGGGCCGAUGGGAUGACGCAUUAGAAGUGAGGGAAGUAAUGGAUAAAAGGAGGAUUGCAAAACAGCCUGGGUAUAGUUGGAUUGAGUUGCAGAACAGAGUUCAUAGUUUUGUUGCAGGGGAUAGAUCUCAUCCACUUUCAUCUGAGAUUCAUUCCUUGAUUGAUAGCUGUAAUAAAAUCAUUCAAGAUUUUGAACUUCAAUCUUGAGUGCAAAGUA